AUGGAAACGCAGAACACAGAAAUAAGAUUAGAAAAUGAUAAUGGCGUGAUCGCUUCAGUCACGCAAGUACCAGGAAGUAGGUCUGAUGAUCAAGGGAGAGGUUCGGCUUGUGAGAAAACAGCAAGGGCUAUGUCUGCUAAAAAAGAAGAUAAAGAAGAAAAACUACUGGAAUGCAGUCCAACGAAUAAAAAGAAAAAGAAAAAAUCGCGAAAAAAACAGAAGUCCGCUGGAAGUGGCGGUAACGCAACUUCUGUAGCGCCCGAUGAAGAAGCAAAUCCGAAUGAUCCUAGUUUAUCAAGCAUAGGUAAGCUGACUUCAGAGAAAGGCGGUGAAAACAAUGAAGAAACCUUGGAGAGCAAAUCUCCAAGCAAAAAGAAGAAAAAGAAGAAACGAAAGAAAACUCAAAGUAUGAGCAGUGCUAGUCCUGAGCCACCGUGCAGUGGUGAUGAUGACUACGGCUUGACAGGAUGUGCCGAGCUCCAGACUGAUGACAAACAUGUUAGUGAAGCAGAAAUGUCAACUCAUACUGUUGCUGAUGUGACUUCCCAACCUGAGGUUAAAAAAGGGAGAGAUAAGGGAAAUUCUGAUCUAUCAAACAAAUCACAUGACACCGACGAAGUGCCAUCCGCUGAGAAAGAGGGUAGCGAUGUCAUGGACUCUGCAAAAGAAACUUACAAAGAAUCUAAAAACGGUUCUAAUCCUAGCCUGGCUGAAAACACCAAGACUAGAAAGGAAGACCUUUGCAUGUCUGGGGAGCAUGAAAACGAAAGUGUUGAAGUUGCUUCUUUUGACAGAAACCCAGACACACCCGUAGCAGUGGCUUUCACUACACAACCCAAAGUGGAAGAUCUGGAAUCUGAUGCUGAAGAUAAAUCAUCUUCUACACUUGGCUGUGAAGGGUAAAUAAUUCUCCAUUAUCCAAAUCAUUUUCCUUCGCUAUAAACCGCUAGCUAUAGGCGUUUCCUCCUCAGUCCACCUGAUUAUACUGAUUAACAACUUAAGGUCAACAAUGUAAAGAGAACUCAAGGAGUCAUAACUGAAAUCGUGUUCAGUUUAGGAAAUGGGUGACUAUUAAAUAAUUAUGGAGAAUGUAGCAAGGCUAGAUACUCCCAACCCCUCUCUCUUAAAAAUUCAAAAUACGAUUCAUGUGGAGGAAGCAAAUCUACAAAGUCUCAGGACUCAUGAUCUCAUUAAAGAAAGUGGUACAAAGGGGAAUGCAAUAAAUAGGUUUUCAUUCCUCACACUGGAAUUAGUAUGGCUCAUGGUUGAAGAAAAGAUGGGUAAGGGGGCAAGAAAUCUUUUCUUCUUGUAAGUUUUUGAGUUUAAUUUAAGGCAUUUAAAUAUAUUUGCCGCAAAGGCCGAAAGGUUACCUUGCGCUUGUUUUCUACUUCUAGAAGAAACAUACUUUGCAUUUUCAAGCUGAUUUAUGGAGUGGGCCUUCAAGCACUCAGAAAGCUUUUCCUGGAAAUGAAUCCAUCAUGGACAAAUCAACCUUUAGAUGCAGCUGCCUUUGACAGAGGCAAGAUGAAGCUUAACAAAGAAGAACAAAAUGUUUUCAACAGUGGCAACGUUGACAAAUGGGACUUCUCGUUAAUCACAACUGCACUUCUCUUCUCAAAGACUUGUGCAUUAGAAAUGAGCAAGAAACCUGGCUAUGAUUUUGCCUUGCAAGAGUUAAAGAAGAUUCGAAACAAAUUGCUGGGACAUCCUUCUACAGAUGGGAUGAUUGAUGAUGAUUUUAACACUUUCUGGCCUCAGCUCUCAGCCCAUUUUGUUACACUUGGCGCUGAUCCAGCUGAGAUUGCAGAUAUAAAACUUCAGUCAGGUACAUUACAUCUAGGGUGCAAAUAAGAACGGUCGUUGAGGCAUCUAAUAUAAAUAGCAUUUCGUGCUGUGCUAUCUGUUAUGUUGAGGCUUGGUUAAGGCAUAGGGUUAAGCGGUCAUUUUAUACCAUUGGCAUACAGUAUGCGUAAGGUCCAUGCAAUAAGUAGUCUUUAAACGGAAGACACUGUAGGGAUUUGAAUUUCUUCUUUAUUCACAUCUUUUUACCUUUUUUUUGGUGGCACAAUUAUCUUCUUCAUCUUGGGUCAGAUUAAUAUUUAGCUGUAACAAAGUUUCUUUUUAUGAUUGCAGUUAUAAAAUGUUAUUCUUUAUCCUAAUUUCAGAUGCCGAUCUUCGUGCAGGGGGAUACUAUAAGUCCCUAUUUCUGGAGGAAAAGACCAAGUUUUUUUAUCUUGACAAGAGGUUAGAUUCCAUUGAGAGGAAAGUGGAUGCCGUCUACGACGCAUUAAGCAGUUGUAAAACGCCAGUAAGUCCGAAAGAGCUCAGUGGCCCUGACUGGGAUGCAUGGUCGAGGUUUUGUGAUGCAGUGGGAGACUUUGAUACCCGGAAGAACCAGUAUAUUCUUGUUACCGACUCUCUCUCUCAGGAAAAUCUGGUCUGUUUUUCUGUUUUGAGAAGCGUUCCAUGGAAAAUGGUUUUGGACUUUGAUCCAAUGUUC